AUGGCCGUAAAGCUCCUAUAUUUCCGGCCGACCCACCACCCGCAGCCGCAGGUUCAACGGGCAUCCACCGUCCACUCCCACCGUAACGCCGGUCAAGCCCCAAAUAUCCACACCCCACCACCCCAAAAUCUCCCUCCACCAACUCCACCACCCAACAAGCACAAAUUCCUCAGCCCACCACUAAAAAUCAAUUCCUACAAUUUAUCAAGAAAAUCAGCCGCCGGGUCACAUUUAAGCUUCCCAAUCAUCUCCGCGGAGGACCAGUGGGGCACCUGGGCGGCCCUUUUUGCCACCGGCGCUUUUGGCAUCUGGUCAGAAAAGACCAAAAUCGGGAGCGCAUUGAGUGGGGCACUCGUGAGCGUUUUAAUCGGUCUUGCAGCGAGCAAUUUGGGCAUCAUAGCUAGUGAGGCGUCGGCUUAUGAUGUCGUUUUGAAGUUCUUGCUGCCAUUGGCUGUGCCUUUACUGCUUUACCGGGCCGACAUGCGCAGGGUUAUAAGGUCUACGGGCACGUUACUCUUAGCAUUCUUGAUUGGAUCAGUGGCAACGACGGUGGGUACAGCUGUCGCUUUCCUAUUGGUUCCAAUGCGGUCGCUUGGCGAAGAUGGUUGGAAGAUAGCAGCUGCUCUAAUGGGAAGACAUAUUGGUGGAGCUGUCAAUUAUGUCGCGAUAUCCGAAGCUUUGGAAGUUUCGCCUUCGGUUUUAGCUGCCGGGCUAGCUGCUGAUAACGUUAUCUGUGCAAUAUAUUUCACCACAUUAUUUGCAUUGGCUUCCAAAAUACCAGCCGAGACCUCAACUUCUGCAGCUGGACACAAUGAAGAAACACAAUCGGGUGAUAAGCUUUCUGUACUGCAGUUUUCAACUGCCCUUGCUGUGUCCUUCAUUAUAUGCAAAAGUGCGAUUGUCUUGACAAAAUAUUUCGGAAUUCAAGGAGGAAGCCUCCCAGCAAUAACGGCUAUAGUCGUUAUUUUAGCGACUGUAUUUCCUAAGCAGUUUGCUUACUUGGCACCUUCUGGUGAGGCUAUGGCUCUCAUACUGAUGCAGGUGUUGUUUGCUGUGGUUGGUGCAAGUGGGAACAUACGGAAUGUAAUAACCACAGCACCCAGCAUUUUCUUGUUUGCCCUCGUCCAAAUCGGUGUCCACCUGGCAAUCAUACUCGGGCUCGGAAAAAUGUUUGGUUUCGAACUCAGGCUUUUGCUGCUGGCAUCAAAUGCGAAUGUGGGCGGGCCCACGACAGCCUGUGGCAUGGCGACCUCGAAAGGAUGGACUUCGUUGAUCGUUCCAGGUAUUCUUGCGGGUAUUUUUGGAAUUGCAAUCGCAACUUUUCUCGGCAUUGCUUUUGGGCAGGCGGUUCUGAGGUUCAUGUAA